AUGUCUGCCCGUCUCCCCCUCUUCACCCGCGGCCUCGCCGGCCCCCAGGAGACCGAGAACGGCGGAGGCUCCCCCGCCGAGCAGCGAGACGACGCCAAGCGCAACUUUCUCAAGACGAUGCGCGCCCUGCCCACGCAGCACUACUGGAACGUCUACUUUGACCGCCAGGCCAAGGACGGCCAGCCCUCGGCCGACGGCAAGGACCAGUACCACGCCAAGCUCGAGCAGCUCGGCACCCAGAUCGAGUCGGUCCAGGACUUUUGGCGAUACGCCAACAACACCCCCAUCGAGAACAUCAAGAUGCGCGAGUCUCUGUACCUCUUCAAGUCUGGCUUCCGCCCCGUCUGGGAGGAUCGCCGCAAUAUUCUCGGCGGUAGCUGGACCUUCCGUGUCCCCAAGAGCAUUGGGCCUGAUGUCUGGACCCGUGUGCAGCUGCUAGCCAUCGGCGAGAAGCUCCAGAGCGUCCUCGACGAGGAUGAUCAGCUCUGCGGCGUCGGUCUCUCGGUCCGUUUCAACUCGCACCUCAUCACCAUCUGGCACCGCGACGCCUCCAAGCAGAACUCGGUCGAGGGCAUCCUCGCCUGUGUCAUGGAGGAGCUUCCCCCGGAGCUGCGCCCCAAGCCCGACGCAUACUUCUACAAGAGGCACGCCGACCACCUCGGCUUCAACCCUCCCCCGGAGCUCAAGGCCGUCCUCGACUCCCGCCGCCGCGAGGAAGCCGCUCGACAAGCGGCCACCCAGGACGAGUCUGGUGAUGCUGCGCCGGCCGAGCAGCGCGAGGUGACGGUUCAGUCGCCUCAAUGA